AUGGACGAUGAAGAAAUUCUUAAUGCUUUAUACAACUCUUUCGAAUUUUCAGAAGAUGAUGAUUAUCUCGACCCCGAUUAUAUAGUAAGUGAAAAUAUUUUACCCGAUAAUACUUUGGACGGAUUUGAUCAUUUUGAUCUUUUAGUUUAUGCUGAAGAUGGCGGUACUGAGGUUGAAAAUGGAGGAGGCAAUAUUUUAUUAACAACAGAUAAUGAAAAUGUAACCGAAAAUAAUUUAUUGUCAGCAAAUAACGAAUGUGAAAAUAAUGAAAGUGUUGAGGUAGAAAAUAAUGAGGUCGAAAUUGACGAAAAUGUUACUAUUAAAGGCAAAAAAGAGUAG